CCCUAUGCUUAUAAGGGUGUCGGAGCGCAGAGGCGCGAAGAAAAACUAUUCGCAGGUAAUUUGUUUAGGCCGCAGCUUCAUCGUUGUGUGCCCUUGGGGCACUUGAAAAGAUGCAGUAGUACACAGGCGAUACUGGGAGUACAAGUACUUUGCUGCUCUGGGCUCGCCCAACGCCUCCGGCCUCAUUGUCAGACGUGGGCGAAGCAGCCCGAGCUCCAGCGCGUUAGUGAGGUGCCGCUCACAUCUUACAGUCAUACACAACCACAAUAUUGUAUUUUGCGCAUGUACACAGAACCCUCUUCGCAACGGUGGCUGGCAAUACAGUUCUCCGGAGCUCAGCGAGCCGAAGCAGCGGACUCAUCGAUCGAUCCAGUCUUCUGUGGUUACGCCUGUUGUCACGCCUUUGCAGUAACACCAAUAUAAUAGCGCGAGACCGAGGGCCUCUCGUCCCUGGGACGAGCUCGCUCGCACGCGAGGCCCCCGCCUAGAUUCUGCAAUGCAGAGCUCUGGCGAUGCGUACGCGCUAGUGGCUGCAGCUGCAGCUGCAGCUGGUUUGUCGGGGCCAGGCCUGGUCCAAGACUGGCGGAAUCCUGGCGGCAUGGGCGGAGAAGACCCAGGCUAUAGCGACGGGGACGGCGAUAGCUCGCGCAAAGCGCGCAAAUUGCGCAAGCCAAACGAUAUAGCACGCUGCCAGGUGGAUGGCUGUGGCUUGCCACUGGCGGACGCUAAGCUGUACCUUCGGCGGUACAGCGUGUGUGAGGCGCACUUCAAAGCCGAGUAUGUACUGCUCAGCGGCGGCCGAUACCGCUUCUGCCAGCAGUGUAACAAGUUCCAGCCGCUAGACAACUUUAACGGCAGCAGGCGGAGCUGCAAGGCCCGUUCGGAAGACCGUAACCUGCGCCGCCGCAAGCAGCGCACCGACGAGCGCGCCAUGCAAGCCGGCGACGGCGGCAGCGGCGGCAGCGCCAGUGGCGGCGCCGACGGCAUCCUGGGCGCAGGCAUCCUCAGAAUGGUGGGCUCAAAUGGCGACGACCAAACGGCGGCGGCGGACGCGCUGGCGGCGGCGGUGACCGGUGGGCUGGGAGCCGCCAGCAUCGUCGGGCUGGGCUGCGGCGGCGGCGGCGGCAUGAGUGCAGCGCUGACGGCGGCGGCCGCCUCCGCCAUGACGGGUAGUAACGGCACUGGCGGCGGCGGCGGUGGCGGUGGCGCCAUACGACUGACUGGCAAGGGCGCGAACCUGGGAGGGCUGGCGCUGCCCGCACGUGCCGCGUUGGAUACGAACGGCGUAUUGAAGCCGCUGGAGCCGUCACAGCCCGCGGAUGCUGACGUCAGCGCGCUGGCUGGCAAUGGUGGCGGAAGCCAGGCGGCGCUGUAUGCGGCACUGCAGCAACUGCAGGCCAACGGGGCCAUUGGCGGCGGCGGAGGCGGCGGCAUGGGAGUGGGAAUGGGGAUGGGUGGUGGCUGUGGCAUGGGAGGGGCAGCAGCGGGGGCGAGCGUAACUGCUGCACUCGCCGGGCUGUUGUCUGGCGGUGCGCUUGGAGGCGGCGGCAGCGGCGGCGGCAAUGGCCUGGGCGGCAACGGGCUUGGCGGCGGUCUUGGCAACGGCGGUGGCGGCCUGACGGGCUCCGAGCUGGUGGCGCUUCAGGCGCUGCUGGGCGAUGGCUCGUCGGGCAUCAGCCCUUCGACUGUGCUACAGCUGCUGACCUCCGCCACUGGCGGAGGCGGCGGAGGCGGCGGCGGACUCGGUGUAGGCGGCGCACCGGCGGGCGGCCUAGGACUGGGCGGCGGCGGCGGGCCGGGCCUGUCUCUCAAUCGCGGCAACAAUGGCGGGGCGCCGCUCGACCGGGACCUCAACCUCCAGGUGGUGCAGAUGCUGCUUUCGCAGCUGGACGGCAACAACGGCCUGGCCGGCAGCGCCGGGCCGGGCGGCGGGCUGGGCGCCGGGCUGGGCGGUGCCGGAGGCCUCAGCGCGCUUGGCCUGCGGCUUGGCGACAACGGCGGCGGCGGAGCUGGAGGCGGCGGGGGGCUGGGCACUCUGGGCAUGCAGCUGGUCGGCGGCGGCAACGGGACUGGGGGCGGCGGCAGCACCUCUGUGACGGCGGCGCUGGCCAGUGCCCUGAGCAGCCUCAACGGCAUGAACGGCCUGAACGGCGGCUUUAACGGUGGCCUAAACGGCGGCUUGAAUGGCGGUCUCAACGGGGGCCUUGUUGGCGGCCUGAACGGCGGCCAUGGCAGCGCCCUUAACGGCGGUCUGGGCGGGGCUCUAAACGGGGGCCUUAACGGCGGGGCUCUAAACGGCGGUGGCAAUGGCAGCGGUGCCCUGAGCGUCGCGGGCCUCCUCAGCGCGCUGCUAGGCGGCGGCGGCGGCCCAGCACCAGCAACCAACAGCUUCAACGGCCUCAGCAACGGCCUCAGCAACAGCCUCAGCAACAGCCUCAGCAACGGUCUAAGCAACGGUCUAAGCAACGGCUUGAACAACGGUAUGGUCAAUGGGUCAGGCAACAGCUUCAGCAAUGGGCGGAGCAACGGCCUCACCAACGGCUUCGGCAACGGUCUGAGUAACGGCCUGGGUAACGGGCUGAGUAACGGCCUCGGUACCGGUCUUAGUAACGGUCUUGCCGGCCUGUCGCAAGCCACCCUCGCAUCGCUCCUGGCUCAGGCGACGGGGCAGUCUGGUGGUAGCGGCGCAGGCCUUGUGGAUGGCGGUGGCGGCGGCGGCUACGGCGGUGGUGGCUACGGCGGCGGCGGCGGCGGCGGGCUCGGCGGCGGUGGAGGAGACAGCUUCGUGUCUGCUGAAGUGCAGAGCUUGCUGGCGCAAAUGGGCGGCGGGAACAAUGCAGGCGGCGGCGGCGGCGGGGCAGCACAUCAUAUGCUCAAGUCCCUCAACCAACAGCAGCCACAACAGCAGCAGCAGCAGCCGCCCUACAUGCUGCUCAGUCUGGACAACCUGGCCCUGCUGCAACAACAGCAGCAGCUGCAGCGGUAGCUGUGGUGGCACCGGUAGCCGUGGUGGCAGCUGCUGCCGUGAUGGCGGUAGCGGUGUCGGUGAUUGCAGCUGCAACCACUUCAGGCGGCGUGUGGUUGCAUCACAGGGCAGUGAAAGCUCAUGAGGAGCAACAUCAGGCACUUCCACGAAUGGACUGCAUGGGGCCCGGCCCAGUGUCUGGGCGGGCGCGCUGCACGGAAGCACGUGUGUGUGGGGGGGGGGGCGUGCAAGGAUUGGUACAGAGAAGUGUAGCGAAGUAGACAGGGGGGUUCAGCAAACGCCAUGGAGAAAGUAUGCGUGUACCAGCUGACGGGGCCACACGCGCUUUCAGUUGCAACAGCUGCUGUCGUGAGCGGCACUGCUGGUACGCUGCAGGACGACAACCGGACCACAUGCAGCCGAGCGCAGCUGGCAGGCAGUACGGUUGUAUUGUAUCUGCGUAAGACGUACAAUGUAGAAGUAUUGGGGGCGGGCGGAAUCUGUGUGUGGGUCUGUGUACAAGUCGGAUGGAGCGGUGGCAAUUGCAGUGUCUGCGUCGGCAUAAUGGGAGGCUGGCGACAUAUGACGCGGCGCUUGUGGUGGCAGUGGUAGCGACAGUCGCUGCCGACACAAGCGCCGCUGACCCAUGCCGCCCCAUGCUGACGCGACAGCUGGUUCUGCUGCCGCUUCUUCUGCUGGCUGUUGCAACUAGUCAUCAGGCAGUUCUGGUGGACCCUUGUCAGGCUGCGGUUACAAUGCGUUGCCGCAGGUAGCUUCCUCAUCAUCAUCCCGUCGUGUGGCGGGAACCAAUGCACGGGCAGUCCACAAAUGGGUCGAUAAGGACAGUUAGCAGUUUUGUUGGUAUGGAGUCGCUCCUGCUAAGUGGGUUCAAAGGCAAGCUUAUUUCAUUAAUGCGCACUAUGUGUGGGGGGGCUGCAGCAAAGGAUUGCUGUAUGGAUGACAGGACCACAUCUUUGUUUGAGGUUUUCUCCCGGUAUGCUGCGCACGCUGGCGUGCGUUGGCAUCGGACUACAAGCUGAAGAGCAUAACUAUGGUCAAGGUAAGGCGGUAGUCAAAAGGCGGGAUGGAAGAAGGUUAAUGCUCAAUGUGUCAAGAGCACUUCGUCUGGACGUUAUUUUUUGUGAUGGGUGGAUGGAUGGGGUGUGUCUGCGCUCGUGUUUGUGUUUGUUUGGCAUGAUGUGGCUUCACACUUUAUUGGACCGAUCAUGCAUGCAUCCAUUCGAAAGGCUUGGCAACUUAUGUAGAAGGCUGCACAGGGCUGCACUGGAUAAAUGGCACACUUGUUGGUGCCAGUCAUCAGCCGUUGAGCGCGUGCCUGCCGGCCUCAGGAGCAUCGGCUGAUGAGCAAUCCUCGUGCGCGGUGGCAUGGCCUGCUUGCGUGCGUGCACACAGUUUGGGGCAUGAGGGAGCUUGUGGGCAGCGUGGUUGGGCCACGCCCAACCACCUCAACAAGCUCCUAAACCCACUGUGCCUGCAACGGCAAGCUUUGGCUCGUGAAUGCGUCACAAACUCAAAUGACAUUGGGUCGAGAACGAGGUUGACUUGUUGACAAGUCUAAAUGUAUGUGUUCUCAUGUUCGGAGGAGCCUGACAAACGCGUUGUAGUGCGGCGUCUGGGAAGAAAGGCAGCGCGCCAACGAGCAAGCGACGGUGGAGUUGUGCUGUGACCACCUGGUCCAAGCCUGGAGCCCAACGCAGCCCGGAUGCUGCGCAUGCGAAGGCGGUGUAUCGUGCGUACCGAUAUUCGCGGGUAGAUGCUGUAGCGGGUAGAUGCUGGUUGGCUGGUUGCGUGGGGCUGGGCAGCGCUGAGCAGGCAGCAGAGGGAGGCAUUAUGCGCUCCGUGCGUCUAUCUGCAGGCGAUGAAGCUACCAACCCAGCAAUGGUUGACAAAAUAAAGGAGGGAAGAUUUGUUGUACGGGCGGAAGUACGGACCUCAGCUGUGGCCUGUGCAAGUGCGGCGACGGCCAGACCGCCUGCAGUGCAAAAGCAUGUGGGUGUGUGUGUGAAUCUGUGCAACGCCAGAAUUGCGCAGAUCCCUUGACACGAUGGUGUUGCUGCUACGACAUUCCAAAGGCGGCGACUGGAGAGGCUGCGUGCCCAAGCAUGGCACGAUUGAGCGGAGAUUGCGGAAGGAUUAGACGGCUGUUGCGCGUGCGUCAGCACGGAUGGUGCUCAGGUUGCAGGAGGAAUUGCUGGUUACCGUCGGUACACUGCCAACCGGGAUACUUGAACGCCAGUAGACAAUUCGGUAGCACUGCUGACACAUUGCGACAGUCUGCGCUGUUUUCAUGUACCGUAGUCAGAAAGCUGGACGGGCGGUGCGAUGGUGUGCGUGGCGGGGGAAAAUUGAGGGCGGAAACGCAGCCAGGCUAGGGCAGGAAGGAUCGCCUGCUGCUGCCUGCACAUGCCGAGCGAGGUGCAAAGCAGCAGGUGCGUUGGGUUGGUGUGGAAGGAGCAUGCGUGCAUGCAAUAUCUUGCAAUGCAGGUGGUGAGAUGUGAUGAUUGCACAGGGAUGAAAUCUUCCCUGCAAGGACGGGCGUUGUAGGCCGCAGGAGACACGCAGCACCUGUGUAGCAAGCAGUCUCUUCAGUCGCUGGCAUUCAACAAUGUCAACAUGCUGUAAAACCUGACAGCU